CUCUUCACCAAGGAGAAUUUGACAGCUUGAUGACAACAUGUUAACACUGAUUUACUGGUAUUUCUUUCACCAUGGAUGAGAUAGAAACAACUUCACUGCACUCCAGGCAUUCCCGCCGGGUGGCACCAUCCAAUGAAUCUUUGAAAAGUGUCAUUGAGAUCCGAAACCAAAGAAAGCUGCAUAUUCGCCAUGUGAACCCAAGAGAACGUGAUGAAAAAUUUAAAAACGAAAUGCAGGCAUAUAUGCAGUACAGAGAAAAUGCCUUGUUAAAUAUUCCAGGUCCAUCAGUGCAUGAAAGGAAUACUAAGCCAAUUGAUACCUCAACUCAAGAUGCAAAAAAACGAUCAACCACAAAUGAAAACAUUGAAAUCAGUGCUCCCAAUCAGAUUAGAACCCCUGACCCUAAAUUAAGCAGAAGCUAUUCGGACACCCUACAAAUAGCAAGACCAAAGUCUGAGACGGAACCAUACGGUAGGCUGCAGGUCCAGUCACCAUCGCAUUCUAACCACUCUACGAGUGCGGAGUCAGUUUCAAAUGUUCAUUUAGAUGUCAGACCCAACUCAUUUAACGUCCAUCUUGAUGGUAUUGUCGAGAAAUCAGAGGAGGAGCUAAGUGAUUCAAUUCCUGCACCCAAAAGUGCUCGAUCUCCAAGAAGAACUAAAGGACAUAGACCUGUUAGUGCUAAAAAUUUAAAUGUGCGGUCAUUUGCCACAAGUGUUUCAAGCGCACUCUCUGAUUGUUUUCCAGAUCUUGAAGAAUGUAGAUCCUCUCACAAAGAUUCUCCAUUCAAAGAUGUAACUCUGUUUUUCAUACAUGGGGUCGGUGGAUCGGCUGACAUCUGGAAUUCUCAGAUUGAGUUUUUCGGAAGUCUGGGUUUGGAAAUAGUUGCCCCAGACCUGAUUGGCCAUGGUUUGAGCCCAGCGUCUUCCAAUGCGGCUGCAUACCAUUUUAAAGAAAUCCUGUCUGAUAUGGAAGCAAUGUUCGAUAAAUAUUGUAAAAGAGAGAAUAUCAUAAUUGGCCAUUCUUAUGGGUGUGCAUUUGCAGCUGCACUGGGUCGGCGUCGUGUGCGGCGGGUCACCAAGCUGGUUCUGGCGAGUGGGGGGGCCCCUGUACCGCUGGCCCCUCAAACGGGCCUUUUCUCACUACCUGUGUGCUUCCUGUCCUGUCUCAAACCUUGCAUCUUUAACAGGUUUGAAAGGAAUGCAUUCCACAACACAGCGCAGACAGGUGAAUCUCGUCAGCAUGCGUUUGACGUGCCUGUUCACGUGUUACGAAGCAUGAUGCAGGGACAGGAUUGGCUAGACGGCGACGCCCUCUUUCAUGAGUGGCUCACCAUGCCAAUACUGCUGCUACACGGCAAGUAUGACAGCUUUGUUACCCUGGAGGAGGAACAGGAAAUGCAUGAGGUCCUGCAUAAGUCUGAGCUUGUCAUCAUUGACAAUGCCAGUCACAUGGUGAUGAUGGAGUCCCCGCAGGAAGUGAACAAGGCCAUCUAUGAGUUCGUGUUCCAAGCCACACACGAGGCUCACGAACCCAACACGUCAAGAACUCGACCAAACAGCAGCAAAUCUACCAAGUCUGGAAGGAUGAAACACCCAUCAAAACAGCUGGCGUGAUUAGUGGUGAUAAUCAAAGAACAUGUUUUUAUGCCCCCAGCAUCUACAAAUGCAGUGAAACAAACAGUCUGUUUGUUUGUUCACUAGAUCUUCCCUUCAUGCGAGAUUAACAAAAUUUUUUCGUCUCACAUCAAUAGUGCUUUCACACAGCUUUGAUAAUGGCAUGGAUGUGAUCUAUGAACACUUUCAACACACUCACAUCACCUGCCAUUAUUUUGACCUUGGCAAUGACCUACUUUCUGAAUUAGUCCAAUUCAAAAGGUACACAUUUCCUGGAUGAACCAAAAUGAAACCAAAUGAACCAAACCCCUGACACUAGUUUUCUGUUGUUUUUUGUGUUUACAUUUUUUCCCUUUCAGAUUUUUCAUUAACUUAUUUAAUACAAGUUUCAUUGUGAUUAACUUCAAAUCAAUGGUAAAAAAAAACUGGUCAAUAUGGUUUGAAUAUUUUGUUCAGUUUUAGAAUCAUAAUAUAAGUGUACCUUUUCCUAAAUAAAAUAAAUAAUGAAAUAAUUUUGUCCUACCCUAUUUUUAUGCCCCGGAAGGAGGGCAUAUAGUGAUCGGACUGUUCAUCCGUCUGUCCAUCCGUCUUCCGUCACACUUUGCGUUUAGGUUUCGAAUAAUGCUCAUAACUUCUAUUUCCCUUGAGAUAUAACCUUCAUAUUUGGUAUGCAUGUGUAUAUGGACAAGGCCUUUCCAUACGCACACAAAUUUUGACCCCUGUGACCUUGACCUUGAACUUAGGGUCUGUGUUUAGGUUUUGAAAACUGUGUUUAGGUUCCAAAAAAUGCUCAUAACUUCUAUGUCCCUUGAGAUAUAACCUUUAUAUUUGGUAUGCAUGUGCAUAUGGACAAGGCCUUUCCAUACGCACACAAAUUUUGACCCCUGUGACCUUGACCUUGAACUUAGGGUCCGCGUUUCGGUUUCGAAAUCUGCGUUUAGGUUUUGAAAAAUGCUCAUAACUUCUAUGUCCAUUGAGAUAUAACCUUCAUAUUUGGUAUGCAUGUGUAUAUGGACAAGGCCUUUCCAUACGCACAAAAAUUGUGACCCCAGUGACAUUGACCUUGAACUUAGAGUCCAUGUUUAGGUUUUAAUAUCUGCAAUUUAGGUUCCGAAAAAUGCUCAAAACUUCUAUGUUCCUUGAGAUAGAACCUUCAUAUUUGGUAUGCAUGUUUAUAUAGACAAGGCCUUUCCAUACACACACAAAUUUUGACCCCUGUGACAUUGACCUUUAACCUGGGGUACGCGUAUAGGUUUCAAAAUUGUGUUUAGGUUUUGAAAAAUGCUAAUAACUUCUAUAUCCCUUGGAAAUAACCUUUAUAUUCCGUAUGCAUGUGUAUAUGGACAAGGCCUUUCCAUACGCACAAUUUUUUUUACCCCUGUGACCUUGACCUGGUACUUGGGGCCCGCGUUAACGUUUCAAAAUCUGCUUUUAGGUUUCGAAAAAUGCUCAACUUCUAUCAAAGGGUUUAUAGGGGGCAUAUGUCAUCCUAUGGUGACAGCUCUUGUUUAAUAGUAUGUAUUUUUAAAAUACAUAUUUCAAUAUUUUAUAUGCCAUAUUAUGCCACAAAAUCACAAGAAUAUGAGUGGUACAGCAUUAUAAGUGCUAUGAAAUUACUAUGCAUAUGCAAGCUGCAGUAUAGUUAGUAUAUUAUAUUGUUGUUUACAGUAUGUAAAUACAAAAUCAUUCAGUUGAGAUUUGUAUCUAUAUAUAAACAGACGCUCAAAUGUGUUUUACAAUUGGUGUUGAAUUUUUUUAUCACAUGUUUUUGUUAAGGAGUCAGAGGAGUAGCAUUAAAUAACUUGCUUAUCUAUUUUUGUUUUAUUUCACAAUCUGGAUAAUCAAUAGCUAUAACUAUUAGUUUUAUUGCACAUUCUUUCUCUUACCCAUAUAUUGUCUGAUGUUUAUAUUGUUUAUGUGUCAUAUUUAAGUCCGGCAGUAUUUAAAAAAAAGUUUUUAAUAAACAAUUAAUAACAAUCAUUGCAAAUUUAGUGAAAACCCACAAUCUUUAAAAAAAUUAAGUGAUGUAUAAAUAUUGUUUAUUUUAUUGUUAGUUUUAAAAAAUUGUCCUUCUUAUGUUGUUUUUGUAUUGGUCUAAAUAAGAAAUUGUUGGGACCAAAGAGUUUCAAGUUUAAGUUUAUUUUUUUUAUAAUCACAAACAGUAUCACAGCAAAUAAUGACUCAUUGUGAGUUGCCUGUCCAUAGAACAAGGUUUAAAUAACUUAAAUCCGCCAGAACCCAAGUUCUUUCAAUCCCAAACCCUGUCGAAGGCUUUGCUUAUGUCGCAAUUUACGAUACAGGUAGAUUGUUUUUUUUAUCAAAUGAUUUACAUAUUUGGUUAUACAUGUCAAUAAGUUGGUAAACAGUAGAAUUGCCUGGUAAAAAACCUGACUUAUUCUUGUAUAUAAGUUCAUUUGUGUGUAGGUAGUUGUAGAGGUAUCAAAACUACCGGUACCCUGCUCUGGUUUAGGUCAACAUACAACAUCAUCAUAUUGAAACAUUAACACAUAUGCUUAGUUUUAUGGUACAUGCAGAGCUAGCCGUUAUUGCAUUUUAUCACUCUCCAGUCAAGGUCAUUAUUACAAAGUAUUUCCACUAAAUAAGUUAAACUGCUAUGCUUGUAAUGGCUUUUUGGGCCUAUAAGGUCCAAAUGAAGGUCUUAAACAGAAACACAGUCGCUUCCCAUUUACUAGUUUUGAGAGAGGUUUUGUCUUUGAAUUUGUAUGUACUGGUAGGUAGCUUACAUGUAUAAUGUAAACAUUGCCUGGAUUUGCCUAGUUAUUGUCCCCUACCGGUGAAACCGGAGGGGGCUUAAGGUUUGCAGUCCGUCUGUCUGUCUUUCCGUCAGCCAGUCCGUCACACUUUUCUGGAUCCUGCGAUAACUUUAAAAGUUUUUAAUAUUUUUUCAUGAAACUUGAAACAUGGAUAGAUGGCAAUAUGGAGAUUAUGCACGUCAUUUCAUUUUGUUCCUACGUCAAAAAUUUCUGGUUGCUAUGGCAACAAAUAUAUAUAUAUAUAUAUAUAUAUAUUUAUUUUUUUUACUUACAAUGGUGGAGUUUCACCGGUAAGGGACCAUAUUGCUUGGCAAGCUCUUGUUUAAAUUAACAUUAUUUAAGUUUUAAAAAAAGAAAACUUUUUGGAGGUACUGCUAUAUUUCCAAAUGUGUGGGUAUAAUUUCACAUAAAACUAACUUACUAGUUCGCUACAACAGGUAUUCACAAUCAAAUCAGUAAUUGUAUUCAUUAUAUCCAGUGACAGACAUAAUUACACUGUGAAAGGGGAAAAACUGUCAAGUGUAUUGUAUUUGGACAGCUCUUGUUCUCUUUUGCGGCAUGAUUCUACUAUCUUUUUGUCUUCUUCAAUUUUUAUGAUCUCAAUAUAUUGCAAAGUAACUUUGCGUCCCUGCAUACCCAUAUUGUUUUGUAUUUUAUGCGUGAAAUACAUGAAACUCUGGGACAAAAAUAUCACUCAGUUCAUGCUAUUGAUUGUUGUUUGCCUUUUAUGUUCUUCUUUAUAUUUAUUAAUGCUUUGUUGUUAAGUUUUUCUUUUCUAAGCAACAAUCCUACUCAUGUCCAAUCAUAUGUUAUGUAUUAAAUAUUGUAUUAAACCUGACUAUUGUUCAAUCUCGAAUUUAAUGUUUGAUACUGGUAUGACAUAAUCAAUCUCAUGAUAAAUGUUUUACAAUUACAAUACCAUGGAAUGUUUUCAUCUAUGUGAUUUUCAAUGUGCAUAUUAUUGUAAAAGUGUCAAUUUUUCACAUUUUUGUCUUAAAACAUCCUUAUAGAAUGUGCUCAUAAUGUAACAUUAUGUUUUAAACCGUCCACUUUUUUAUGUUGAAAUUUUAUAAAUAUUUGUUAUAAAGGACGUGAUACAUUGUCUAUUUGUUUGCUAGAUUAUUUGCUGAAUUGUGCAAGAUAUAUGGUAUUUAGUAUUUUCCUUUGGUUUUCAUGCAAAAAGUAUGUUUUUCUGUAACUUCUAUAGAUACAUUAUGCUGCAUCUUCACACAUGCUGUUGUGGUCAUGAUGUUUUUGGUGUAGCCAAUGACCAAAACAGAGUCCAGCAUUUUAGUGGAAUUGUGUCUAAUUUUGUGUGUUUGUGCUAGAACAUAAUUAUAUAAUUAUGUAUAAAUACUGCAGUUAUUUAAGAACAACUCCACAUUAUCUUUUCACUCCCUACCUUCAUUAAAAUACAUGGUCACUUCAUUCCAUCUCCUUUCAAUGGUCGCAAACAUUACAACAUCGUCGCCGUAUAUCCUUUUAAAGAUAUUUCUUGUUUAAAAUAGUAAACAAUUAGCAUUCAAGGCAUUUUUUAUUUUUAUUGUAAAAUAUGCAGAUAUAAGCAUGAGGUUUCUAAUAAAAGAUCAGGAAUAAUAAGUCACCUAUAGAACCUCAAAUAAUAAUUAAGUAUUGUAAACUCUUUUUGCCACUACUUUUUGCCCAUUUCUUUGUAUGUCCCCCAGUCUAUACUGGGGGACAUAUUGUUUUUGCCCUGUCUGUUUGUUCGUUGGUUUGCGUCAAACUUUAACAUUGGCCAUAACUUUUGCAAUUUUGAAGAUAGCAACUUGAUAUUUGGCAUGUGUAUCUCAUGGAGCUGCACAUUUCGAGUGGUGAAAGGUCAAGGUCAUCCUUCAAGGUCAAAUAUAUGGGGGAACAUAGUGUUUCACAACACAAACACACCUUGUUUCAAAAUGUUAUAACAUGUUAAAUUGAAAUUUUAGCAUUGCCUCAUAAAUAAAAGUUCAGCUUCUGUAUGGUGAAUAGGAAUGUCUAUGGUACAUUUAUGUGCGUUAUGUGCUAUGAAUACUAUCAAUAUUAAUAUUGUUUUCUAUGAAUGCCUUAUGCUUUCAAAUGCAAUGCAUGCAAAUACACAGGGUUAACAUUAGAUAAUCACAUCUGACAUCUGAAGUUGCAAUUCAAUACAUGCAUGCUUGGAAAAUCAAAUAAUGUCCAUUGUUAUUAUCUUUUGUGAAGCGUAUUUGUUUUAACUGUUUUUUAUCGUCUUACAGGUGCAUUUUGUCUGACUUGGUGAUACAUCUAUUUGUUAAAUUGACAAUAUUUUCUACAAGAUAUAUCACCAAUCAAUGGAGAUUUUAUGUAUAUGAAAAAUGUAUGAGUUUAUGUAUAUGACUCUACUGGUAGAAAGAACUAUUUUGAUAAGAUUGUAAUAAGUUUGUGAUAUGCAGUUAGUUUACAUGUAGUGUAUGAAUUAUUGAAUAUAAGUGCAUAAAACAAAGCAUAGAAUGGUUGUAUAUAGAGCUAGUACAUAUAUGAAGUUGUUCUUUUUUAAGGCAUUGUGUGAUUGUUGAGUAUUACACACGGUUCUUGAUUCUUAAAUUAGGUGCCUUUUUACAACUCACUACGUCAUUGUUGAAAUGUUGUUUUCUGUGAGUCACUGUUUAUCUUUUCCAGUCUGUGUUCUUCAUAUCACUUUGUUGAAUCUUGUUAUGUAUGAGGAGUAUGUCUAUAAUUUGGACUGUGAUAUUUUUAAUGUCUUUUAAAAGCUGUUUUUUUCUUGCAAAUGAGUGAUAAAUUUAUUUCCUUUUAA